AUGAAGCGCGCAGGAGCCCCGAACGCCAGCGAAAACCCCCCACAAAAACGCACCAAAGCGAGUCAGGCCUGCGCCUCGUGUCGAAAACAGAAAAGUCGAUGCGAAAUUCUGGAUGUCCGCCCAGUCGCUGGAGCCCCGGUGGUUAUCCGUUGUCACCGCUGCAAAGUGCUUGGAGUCGAAUGCUCGUUUGAGACCUCCGACCUCAUCCACUUUGCGCCAAAGGCAGUCUCGGCUUCCACACCAUCGUCUGACGCGUCGUCGCCUGGGACAUCGACUACUCUUGUUGAGCCAACAAGUAGCUAUAGCGGGUUGGGGGCGCUUGCUGCUGCUGCUGCAGCAUCCUCUCUCCCCACUCCCAUACCACCACCACUAAAUACUCCCACCACAAUCCCUGCCCGUUUUGGAAUAGCGCCUGAAGAUCUCGUUCCGAAUGCCUCAACACCGGUGUGGGGGCCCGGCUACAAAGCUAGCAGGGUCAGCAGAGUGGACUGGACUGCAGCACCCAUGCUAGCAAUCCAGGAAAUGGUCCGUUGUCCCAAAAUCGACCAGCCAAUCGACAUUCCAAGUGCCGCAAGGCUGUCUGAUAUCCUCAGUGGUGCAGAGAUCACUUCCCUCCUUGAUAUCUUUGAAACUCGAUACAGCCCAUGGCUUGGCUUACCGCCGGCCCGGCUGAACAACACCAACUCGUUAUUCGACAUCGUCCGCUGCACUAUUGCUUCCCGACAGCUACCCCUUUCCCGCAGAUCGUCAGCGGCCCCGCGACUCCAGAAAUUGACCGAAGAUGUUUUUGUCAGCGAGCUCUUCAACCCUCAACCAUCGCUUGAUUCAAUUCGGGCACUCCUCAUUCUUUCUGUGUGGACCCCAAUAAGCGGCACCGGCGCAGAAGCCCGAGAUGGGCGUCUUCUCAUUGCAUCUGCCGUCAGUAUGGCCAUGAAUCUUCAACUCCAGAAUGAAUCAAAGCGAGUAAUUGGGCUACGAGCAGAAAAGCCUCAGAAAAUGACUGAAAUCGACGAAUCGACCCACAAAUGGCGUCUGUGGAUGUCGCUUGCCGUGGUCGAGUCUGCAUUGUGUGUUGGCACUGGCAGGACACCAGUUUCACAUUUGUCGCCCCUCGACCACGAUAUGACUGCGUUAUCGUCUUUUCCAGAGUUCACACUGCUUUCUGUUCGAGACAUUCGUUUGGGUCUCGCAGCCAAGGUUCUCCACGUCUGCGAAAGUGCGUUACAGCUUCGCCUCCAGCGCGUCGACAAUCUCGAGACCUUUUUCAACAAGAUGAAUGAUUUGACUUACACCAUGGAAGGCAUGAGUCGACUCAUCAAACCUUUAUACGUGCUCACCCCAUUGGACACUUUUUACAGUCAAAUGCUCCUACUCGAGUAUCAUGCAUGUCUUGUUUUAAUUUACCACCACGCCCUCCGCGAAGUCAGGACUACUUACGAGCGCGAUGCACCCGACACACCUUGGUACUCGGUGGAGACGAAAGCAGGACAUUGCAUAUCCUUAUUUUGGGGUCGCGAAGCGCUUAUUAAUGCCGAGGGAGUCCUAACGACGUUCCUAUCAGUAACAGACCCAACCCUCUUCUCCUCCGCACCGGAUAUUAUCUUUAUUAUGAUCGGAUUCGCGGCCACCUGGAUAUUCGUGUCCAACUUCACGCUCUACCAAAUGGCGGGCAGCAACCUCGGUGGCCCGAGCGAGAUGCUUCAAACUCUGACUAUCGAGCGCCUUCACCAAAUCGCGCUCUCGCCGGACCACGCAGCAACCCGAUGCGGUCACGUUCUCGCAGCGCUCAUGACCGCCUGGGAAAAGCGCAAACCCGCGCCACGCGACCCUGAAAUGUCCGAAUGCUUUAUACAUGUGCCUUAUACGCGAACGAAUCACCCGCAAGUUCAGCGAGGGCCAUAUAUCGGCACCCAGGCAACAGAAGCCACGAUGGUCCCUGACCUCGGCGUGGCUAUCGACCCGUUGGGCCCCUUUCCCGACCUCGGUGGGGCGGAAAUCAACUGGGACCUCUUCAUGGACGACGUCUUUUGGUCGACGUUCAUGGAAAACCUUAAUUCGGAUGCUGGUUCUGUGCCUGUUGUGCCGCUUGGCUAA